AUGGAUUAUAACAGUGUUGGAGGCGAUAUGGAAGGUGGUGUAGAAGACUGCAUAUGGGGGAAGAUCGAAUGGCAGGAGUAUGUAGAAAAACUAAUUACGGCAAAUUCCGUCGAUGAAACUGCUUUGCUGGAAAAGAUCGAAGUCGUGAAGAGUAAUGUUGGUCGACAAAUUAGGAAAGCGGUUAUUUCUUCAUUAAACCACCCAUACGAUAGUAUUACUCGUUUACAGAUAGAACAGCAUCAUCCAAGACUCGUUGAACAGGCUAGUGCCCUUCAUGGUUUAGACCUAGUUCAAGCUACAAUCAGCCGUGAGAUGUCACACUUAUUUGAAACUAGUGAAGAAUUGAGCAGUCGAUUUGCUUCUGCCUAUGAAAAACUUAAUGGCGAGACGUGUUCUUUGGAGCAGCUUUACGCCCUUAAAAAAAUUUUAUAUGCUGCUUACAGGUGUGAACAGCUAAUUCGUCGGCUAAGCACUGUAAAUGAACUGGUGAAACAGUCAGAAAUGAUAUGUGAAUUAAAGUCGAUAAUUUCUGAGUUUUCGCAACUGAAAGAGGUCUUGUGGUUGAGAGAGGCAGUAUCAGUUACUGCACCAAAAUUAGCAUCUGAAGCACGACAAAGAACUGCUAAGCAAAUGAGGACGUCAUUAGAAUCUCAAAAUGCUCCUCUUGUUGCUUCCUGCGUUCGAGCACUGCGAAAUCUUUCCUGUUAUGAAGCAGAGGUCAAAGCGUUACUUGAUGAAUAUUGUAAAGACUUGGACGCUCAGUUUCUACAACUAAUAACGAGUCCCGAUUUGGCUGGUAAGACACUGCCUCAUAUUUCAAGCCAAGUACAGAACUAUGUAGAGCAACUGUUUUUAUUGGGGGAUGAAACAGUUUCUUCAUUUUGUGCAUCAUUCGCUCAGAUAAUUGCUAAUCGAGUUCCUGCCAACGUCCAGUAUUCAUGUCGAAUCCUCCAACUUUUCACCCCUGUUUUUUCUCAGUUGCCCUCAAGCAGUUCUAAAAGAGUUUUCGAAGCUUUUCGGCCAUUGAAAACUGCAUUUCUUUCUCAAUCCCUAAAUCGGAUGUUUGUCGCUGUUAAUGCAGCGUUUGAGGAUUCUUCUAUGCGAAACGCUGUUGUAGAGAAGAUUUCAAGUGUUUUGCGGAAAGAAUUGUGCAGCGUAGGGUGGGAUGCAGAUCUAAAGUGUAGUGUAGAAGAAAAUAUAUCAAAGGCGAUGGAACUUAUUUCUCAAAAGAUAGAGGAAUUGCUUAAAUUGGACGAGGAAUCACUUUCAAUAGGAGAACGAGUCAGCAACACACAGGCAUCCAACUAUGGUUUAUUGAAUGUCGCGUAUGCGUUGAGUACCGCGUGGCAGAAGUAUGAUUCUUCUUUGAUGUCGGUCGCUCAACAGGGCCGAGAUGCCGUAAUGGCUCUAGGAAAGGCUUCCAUUUCAAAAAUAUUGCUUUCGAUGCAUUCAGAGGAAUUGGGAGCACCAUCACCUUAUGCGAAAGAGCUUUGCGAAUAUCUUAAUUCGUUCCGCAUGCACAUAUCGCUUUUCAUGCAGCUGGCAAAAUGCGAUGGGGUUCUUGCUGCAUUUAUUGAUUACGUCAUAGACUUAUUUUUAAUUCACGCUUCUCUUUUCCGACCAACUUCAUUUGUACAUCUUGGUAAAAUUGCUGAUGAUCUCAGACUUGUAUGUCGUGCACUUAGCUCCUUCGAUACGCCUUCUGCAUUGUUGUCUAGCGUCCCAGAAUUUGCCGAUGCCUUAUGCAAAAAAUGCGAAGUAUUGGGAAGCGAUACCUCGCUUCCUUCAUGGGCUGUCAUACAGCUUUUAAUAAGUCACAGUGAUGGUUCUUUGUUUUCGCCUCACGAAGCCAUCGGAAAUAGUUUGCAGCAGUAUACUGAAUGGUUCAGCAAUUUGCCGUCGGCAGAAAGAAUUAAAUUUCUUUCUUCAGUCAUUGAAUCAUAUACGUCGUCUGUUGUAUCACAAAAUUGCUCAGAGUAUGUCUCAACCUAUCCGUUGAUAGUGGAUGUACUAAAACGGGCUGCUGAGCAGUAG